UCUUAUCUUUGAUUCAUCCCCAGGCCGCGCACUGGCAAGUCACAGACAGCCAUAUUACAAACGUCCGGUAACCAAUCAAACGCCGCCAAGUGAUUUGCCCUUCUGUUCACUUCCGUCCCUUCGUAGUAACCGCCAUAAUCUUGGUAAUUUUGCUGAAGAACAGCAAACUCUAUGGCGAACCAAAAGAGUUUAUUACUAACGUAUAUUAUCUGGCUCAUAUGGGGAUGGCUCGGUCUGCAUCAUUUAUAUCUGGGUCGAGAUAUCCAAGCAUUUAUCUGGUGGUCAACAAUCGGAGGUGUAUUUGGCCUGGGAUGGUUUCGCGACCUUUGGCGUAUUCCAGAAUAUGUUGACGAUGCCAACGAAGAACGUUUUUUCGUUGAAGAACUCAAAAGAAAGAUAAAGCUUAGGGGAGAACCAGCAUUUAGUGUAACCAGAUUUUCAGGACAAAUGCUUGUAGGAUAUUUUUACGGCAUAUUAGUUCGACUAGCGAUACCUGAGGAGGCGAAAUGGCUUCCGGCGUUGUUGGUACCUCUUGGGGUCGCCGUUGGUGUUUAUCUCGUUGGAAACAUUGGUCGAGAGAGGGGAGAUUUUAAAUAUCCUUUGAUGGGAGCUUUUAUUGCUAAUAUAGCUUUGACAUAUCUUACUGGGGACGAGGCUGGUGCAAUGUAUUUGGCUCUAGUUGCUGCCAUAUUUUUCCAAAACCGCCGCCAGUUUAGGAAGGAGAAACCGCAGGGCAAGACCUUAUGCAAGCGGCUACAGUACUUGGCGAUUGGCGGCUUAAUUAUUUGUUCCCUGUGGGGAUCGUUCCUCUAUUUCAAUGCACAAGUCACAACAGAAGAUGGAGAAACUGUAAAGUUACGUGACGCUAUAAAUCACUUCUUCAAUUCACCGGUGUGGCUCGAAUUCAAGGAAGUAUUUUGGGGUCUUUAUGAAGAAGGUCAGAAGAACGGCUGGGACAAUUUCUACGACGAGUUUGUUAAAGCGUUGGAUCCCAGGGGAGAAAAGAACGCUUAUCGUGUCCUAGGGCUAACAGAAGAUGCAACUCAAGAGGAAAUAAAACGAAGAUACAAGAAACUUGCAGUAAAGUGGCAUCCAGACAAAAAUCUAAACAACAAAGAAGAAGCCCAACAAAAAUUCAUGGAAAUUCAAGAAGCUUAUGAAAUUCUUUCGAAACUCAAAACAAAAAGAGCUUCUAAAAACACCAGAACAAGAGGUGAAUUCGAUCAACACGGUCAUGAAGAAUAUUAGAUAAAAUUAGUUUAUUGCCAAGUGCAAUUUAUAUUUUAGAUUCCAUAGAAACAUGACAAUGAGCAACAGGUGGUUAAACUACAAACUAUUGAUAACAAUAAUGGGUGGUGAUCUGUGAUUCUUUUACCACCUGCUAGAAAAUCUUACUCCAAUACUCCCUAUUUAUAAAUUAUUACUUCUAAAGGUAAUUUAAGGUAGCACUUACAUACAUUUUUUAUGCAGGUUAUUUAUUGCAUUUUUAUGGUGAUGAGCUAUGCCAUAACUGACAACACAGAAAAAAUGAUAGUUUGAGAAAAAUAAAGUACACAUUUCUAAAGUUACAUUUACUACAACCACCAGUAUAUAGUGUGAACCAUGUUAUCCUGUUUCCAUGAAAUGAUGGCUACCAUCUUCAUUUCACUAUUCUGAGUUACUGUGGCAGGUAUAUUGUUUUUUUUUUUCACUGAAUUGAGGAGAGGGUGUUAUGUACGUAGAGGCUUAUCUUUUUCUUUCUUAAAGAGAAAUGAUAACUCCAACAUAAAUAAUUACCAAGUACUGUAAUAAGUGCAGUGCAGAUUAUUUUCCUUGUGGCUGAAAAUGCAUGCAGAUGUUGUAGACGUUUUUUUUUAUUUUUGAUGUAUUUCAACAUCAUCCAAACAUUUCUGUUAAUUUCACUCAUAGACAAUAUGACAGUGGUUUUAGAGAUGGACAUUUGGAAAGUCCUUACCCUUGGGCAUUGAAAAUAUUCUAAUUUUGUCUGAAGAGGUAUGUUCAUAGAAAUUAUAUUUAGGCUUGAUCACUAGAGAUGAACUAAAUCUGUUUACCAAGCAAGGAAGUAAAGAUGAAUUGACUGUCAAACAUUGCCAAUCUCAAAUGAUCAAUAAAAUUAAGAGGUUUACAAAGUGUGCUCUUCUUUGGCCAGGCAAAACUUUUUAAACAAUCAGAAUUAAAUUUACUUCAGUCUACACCCUGCAAUUUUUAAAUAAAGCAUGUUAAAGUAAUGUAGAUGAACCUUAGAUAACAUUUCCUUGACUCCGAUGAUACAAAGUUGGCUUAUGAGAACCUGGCUAACACUGGCAGAUGUGUGGGAAGAACCAAAGGCAGUUGUUAGAUGAUAACUUUGUUUGUUCUGGGCUACAAAACAAGAGCAUGGACCAGGCUGCGGAGUGACUGUCUAGAAUUUGUGGAAAAUUAUGUCAUUGGAUACAAGUCUGAAAAAACUGAUUGAAAGCUUUCCCUUUUUCAAAAUAUGUUGUAAUUGCUAAUAGAGUUAAAAGAUAAAGGGAAACUAGUGUUGAUGUUUAUUUCAAUCCUUAAAGUGAAAAUAACAAGGUUUUGGUGCACCAGUAACAUUUUAUUGAAGAGUGUGGUUUGUUUUCCUUAAUACAUAAAAGAAGUUAGUGACUUCGUGCAGCCCAUCACUGAAAAAAAGAAUUCUUAAAAUCGUGAAAUUAAUUGGGCUAAGUGAAGUUAAAUUAGAAAAAAAGUUAAAACUUUGAUAAUAAACAAGCAGAACUUAA